CCACAUGUAAACACAGGUUGUAUAGCUGACAAGGUAAAAGGGUGUUGUGUUCUGUUUUUAACACAUUAGAUUAGACAGGCAGGUUUUGUUUUCCCUUUUAUAUCAUGUUAAUUACCAGCUGUAAACUAAAGUUAGCAGAAAGUUGAGUUUGUGUCAUUUUGUAUAAUGCAAACCUAUUGUAUCUGUGUUCACAUGUGUACAGAGGCUCAUUUAUGUGACCCCUGACUUUAAGUGAACGUGGUUGCCGUCUCCCUUCAUAGAUCUAUUGGCUUUGACUUAUCAAAGGUGGAGCCAACUGAUGGGAUUGGCUGCUGAGACUCUCUCAGCCUCUUGGGAUUUCUCUCCUGAUGGAUCGUGUGUCUGAUUCACUUCAGUCUGGAUGUUGGAGGAGGGAGAUGUUGUACUGGGCCACUACCUGUUGGACCGAUGCAGGUUCCAUUCAUACGUCUAGCCUAAAGUAAACCACCAAGAGGCCGCUGGGAGGCUGGACAAUAUCCAGAGAAAUACACACAGUCUGCUCUCUGGGCCUUGUAAGAGGUGCUGUUAGGGUAGGCCUAGCAUUCAGGAUCUAUUGGACCUGUGAGGAGGACUGAUCCUCCAGAACACUUCAUGUGUAGCACAUCCGUCCCUGUCCCUGCUGGAGACAUGUCAGGGGGCGUUUUCACUGGUGCUUUCCCCUCUCAGCAUCAGUAGCACAGAGCCAGCCUCCUGCCUCCAAACACACUCCAGCCUCCUGCCAGCUCCUGCUCCUCUGUGGGUCCUAAGGCUGGGAACAGAGAGGACAAGGACAUAACCCGGGUACGGACAAGGACAGCCAGUAACCCGAGCCAAACAAAGCGUCUCAGCGGGACCGUGUUAUCUCCUGCAGGAGCAUCUCUGACUGAAAAGAGGACGAACAGGAUGUCAGCCAGAGGAGGAAAGAAGAAGGCCACCAAGCUGUCCCGUUCAGCCAGGGCAGGAGUCAUCUUCCCCGUGGGAAGGAUGAUGAGGUACUUGCGCACGGGCACGCACAAAUACCGCAUUGGCAUGGGGGCGCCUGUCUACAUGGCAGCAGUCAUCGAGUAUCUGGCAGCUGAGAUCUUGGAGUUGGCAGGAAACGCAGCGCGGGACAACAAGAAAGGCAGAAUAACUCCCAGGCACAUCAAGCUGGCUGUGGCCAAUGACGAGGAGCUCAACCAGCUUCUGCGGGGGGUGACCAUAUCAAAUGGAGGCGUUCUGCCUCGGAUCCACCCAGAGCUGCUCUCCAAGAAGAGGGGGAGCAGGGUGAAAGUAGACAGCCAGGCGUCCCUCCCCGAGAAGAAGGUAGAACGCUCGAAGAGCAAGAAACCCGUCAAAUCCUUCAAAAAGGUCAAAGGCAAACGAGGACGCAAGCCAAAGAGCACAGACAACGAGUCUGUACCGAACUCUACAGUGGAAGACGGUCCUGGAGAUGGAUUCACCAUCCUGUCAGCGAAGAGCCUGUUCCUUGGCCAAAAGCUGUCGCUAACGGAGAGUGAAAUCAGCAAAAUUGGAACAAUCAAAGUGGAGGGGAUAAUUAACCCGACAAACGCAGAGAUGGACCUCAAAGACGGAGUGGGCAACGCCCUGGAGAAGGCCGGAGGCCGAGAGUUCUUGGAGGCAGUCAAGGAGCUGCGGAAAGCACAGGGGCCUUUGGAGGUGUCAUCAGGACAUCUUUGGAGAGGACUUUCACUCAGCACAGUCCGGAUGCCAGAAAUCAGCAAAUACAAACAGAACUUUCUUUGGCAAUGAUGAGCUGUUGUCCAUCCAUCCAUUAUCUGCACCCACUUAUCCUAUCCUGGGUGUGGGGGGGCUGGAGCAGAUCCUAGCUGUCAUUGGGUGAAGGCAGGGUUCACCUGGACAGGUCAGCAGACCAACACAGGGCUGACACAUAGAGACGACAACCUUUCACACCUCCAGGCGGUUUGGAGUAAUCAGUUAACCUGCAUGUGUUUGGAAUGUGGGAGGAGAACAUGUAAACUCCACACAGAAGGGCUGGCCAGCUGCCUCUCCUGCUAUUAGUGGUGUAGCGGACCGUUGGUGUGAACCACGGCUUAAUUACACAGUUUAACGUUAACCCUCACAAUGUGAAAUAAAGUUUUACUGACGAUAUUCCCAAUAUUCAGUAAAAUAUGAGAUCAGGACAUCCUUUAUGAUUUUAAAUGUCGCUGAUCUCUGAUAAUGUUACAUUCUAAACAACCAAUCUGUGUUUAAAUCAUAUACUUUAUAUAAGAAGGUUUAAAUUGACAGGACGGUGGUAGAACCGCUAACGAGCAACGAAUGAAGGUUCCAUUCAGUCUCAUUAUGAUGUGUCCAGGCUCUGUUCAGUAAAAAUGAGUAUUGGGGGAAGGUCAAUUAUCACUUUAGCAUGAUGUGUUUGCAUGUAAUCUUGUAAAAUGUAGUUUUGGUGAUAAACUUGAAUAAACAGUAGCUUGAAGGAGAUGUUUUCACAUAAAUAUAAAAUAGAUAUUGAGAUGAAUUAUGAGCUGUAUAACUUCCUAACACUAGCUCUAAGGAGAUUAUAAUACAUGAUUAAAACUAAUAAUAGACUAGAUUGGUUUUAAUCCAUCCAUCCAUCCAUCUUCCGUAACCUGCUUAUCCAGUUAAGGGUCGCGGGGGUGCUGGAGCCGAUCCCAGCUGUCAAUGGGUGAAGGCAGGGUUCACCCUGGACAGGUCUCCAGUCUGUCACAGGGCUGACAUAUAUAGACAGACAACCACUCACACUCACAUCCACACCUACGGGCAAUUUAGAGUCAUCAAUUAACCUAAGCUGCAUGUCUUUGGACUGUGGGAGGAAGCCGGAGAACCCGGAGAGAACCCACGCUGACACGGGGAGAACAUGCAAACUCCACACAGAAGGUUGUCCAGCCCGGGAAUUGAACCCGGGCCCCUCUUGCUGUGAGGCGACAGUGCUAACCACUACACCACCGUGCAAUCCAGAAAAAUACAAUCUUUAUUUCCUUAUCAUUUUUAGUGUGUUUUUUUGAUAGAGAGAAAAAACACUAUAAACAACUAUAACAAAGUAAAAGGAUAACAUUUAGA